GGGCCCAGUUCCUGGUGGCCCAGCCUAAGGAAGCGAACUCUGACAUGGAGAUCAACGACCUGGAGCAGCUGGUGGCGAUGUUGGAGCGAGCUGGUGACACAGCCACGGCGGCGAAGCACAGGAGGGUCCUCCUUGAGAAGAAGCGCAAAGCGGCUGAGAAGGAGUACGUCGCUCCACUGUCCCAGCGGGUCACCUUGGCCCACAAGCAGGUGGCGGAAGUCAAUCAGAAGUUGGAGAAGGCUGUGGCCCACUUCGAGCGCCUCUCUGAGGGGCUCGAGCACCAGCGCCAGUGGGUGCAGCAGCUUUCGGACGAGCUUGAGGAGCGUGAGGCGGCGCACCGCAGGCUGGUGGUGGAGCUGUAUGCGAAGUUCGUACCGCCGCAGCAGGACGCCCAGCCCCAGGCGCUCAGCGUGGCGGGCAUCUUGGACGGCACGAUCGAGUCGAUCCCUCUGUCCUUCGCGGGCCUGGGCUUCGAUGAUGCAGAAUAUGAUAUGGAGGAGGCUGACAAGCGCGAGCUGGCUGACAGCACAGCAAGACUGCAGUCUGAGCUGUCGGCGGCGGUCCGAGCCAUGUUCGGGCAGGCGGCUGAGAAGGCCAAGGCUUUCAAGACCGAGCAGGAGCAGAUGGCACUGCGCCUUGCAGGCAAGCGCAGACGUCAGGAGAUGGCGCUGCAGCUGCCGCGGCCGCUUCAGAGCCAGCGCCAGGGACGCCAGUGGCAGGAGCUGCGGAAGGUGAUGGGCUCAAGCAGCGGACCGCCAGGUCGGCCCGCCCCUGGCUCCACGGGGCUGCCGCCGCCAGAGCCCAUCGACCAGGAUGGGCCUGAGGCGGCCAUCUACGACGGUAUCACGGAGUCGGCUGCCAGAUGGACUCCUCGCCUGCAUUCGCCUGAGUCAGGGGCGGACAGCUGGAUGAGGUGGUGCAAGCCCUACGUCAGGGAGCUGCUCCUGCAGGCCUGGGACCUUGACUGGGCGCAGGAGUCUCGCCAGGACAUGACCGUAGACCAGAUGGCGGAAGACAUCUGCACGGAGUCCUGGCAAGAUGGAGCUGAUAAUCGUGUAAACAUCCUCGGCUUCUUUGACUGGGCUGCGGAGCAUGACAGGGAGAUGCUGCGCUGGGCCCUCCGCCGCCACUGGGAGGAGCUGCGCAGGAUCAAAAAUGAGAUGAGGGACCUGCUGGGCCUUCCUCGUGAUGAGGGCCGGCGGACCUCCGACGUGACUGAGGUCGAUGUGGAAGCUGCGCUGGCGACUGGAGCCGAGGGCGGGGACUCUGUCGCGCCCUGGCAGCACCAGCGGAGUCUUGGGAGCAGAGCGGAGAUCGACUACUUCGCGUUCGGCUG